AAUUUACCCAGAGAAAUUAACUGGGUGGACCCACACGAGGGUAAAAACGUUAAUUCACAUCUUUACCAUCCACUUUUUUUCUCCGUAAAGCCAAAAUUUGACCGUUAUGAGAGGGUACAAAUGUCAUUUAAUGCAGAGCUCUGCAAUCCUCCUUACCCUCCUGCUUCUGCCGCUCCUCGCCUCUCCCAUCGACAUCCACGCUUAAUCGCAUUUACGCAUCUCCUUUUCCCCUGCUCUAAAAAUCCCUUCUUUCCCCUCUUUACCCUGUUGAAGAGUCCCAACAGUUGCACUGAGGUGAAGGAGAAGAGGAAAAGAUGGACUUCAGUUCCUUCUUGACGUCGCUGGGGACCUCCUUCGUGAUCUUCGUGCUGCUGAUGAUGGUCUUUACAUGGCUGUCGCGGAAGCCGGGGAACCAGGUGGUGUAUUUUCCGAACAGAAUCUUGAGGGGGCUUGAUCCAUGGGAGGGGGAGCGGCGUUCGAGGAGUCCUGUGGCUUGGAUUCAACAGGCCUUUGCUGCUUCGGAGGCCGAUAUCGUUGCAGCCGCUGGUGUUGAUGCUGCUGUCUAUUUGGUUUUCCUGAGCUCUGUGCUUGGAAUAUUUGUCUUGUCUGGCUUAGUACUUCUUCCAGUUCUUCUUCCUAUUGCUGUAACUGAUCAUGCUAAUAAGACCCUUGCUGAGAGCAACAGUAAUGCCACCUUCAACAAUCUUGAUAAGUUGGCUAUGGGAAAUGUUCACGCCAAAAGUUCAAGAUUGUGGGCAUUUUUUCUGGCAAACUACUGGGUCUCAUUUGUGACUUUCUAUGUGUUGUGGAAAUCCUACAAGCAUGUGUCUGAUCUAAGAGUUGCAACCAGAUCAACUCCAGUAGUGAGACCCGAAGAUUACACGGUUUUAGUAAGGGAUAUCCCUACAGAUCCUCAACAUGUAAGCAGGAAAGAACAGGUAGACUCCUAUUUUAAAGCACUCCAUCCAGAUUCAUUCUACAAGUCCAUGGUGGUCACAGACAAUAAACAGGCAAAUAAAAUAUGGGUAAAGCUGGAAGGCUACAAAAAGAAGCUUGCUCGGGCAGAAGUGAUUUUUGCAGAAUCUAAAACCACAAGCAAUCCAGAGGGAACCAGGCCAACUAACAAAACUGGCUUCCUUGGUCUUAUUGGUAAAAAGGUGGACACCAUCAACUACUGCAAUGAGAAGAUUACUGAGUUAGCUGCAAAAUCAGAGAUUGAACAGAAAAAAACCAUAGAAGAUAAACAGCAAGCUGCUGCUUUGAUCUUCUUCAGCAGCAGACCAGCUGCAGUUUCAGCCUCCCAAACCCUUCAUGCUCAAAUGGUGGAUACUUGGACUGUUACAGAAGCACCCGAACCGCGACAGUUGGUUUGGAAUAAUUUAAAUAAGAAGCUUUAUACAAGGCUGAUAAGACAGUAUGGUGUCUAUGCUAUUGUUUUUCUGACAAUAGUUUUUUACAUGAUUCCGAUAGCCGCAAUAUCUGCAUUUACAACCCUACAGAACUUGAGGAGAUACCUCCCCUUCUUGAAGGUAAUUGUUGACCAGAAAGCAGUUAAGACAAUCUUGGAAGCUUAUCUUCCUCAGCUUGCUCUCAUCAUAUUCUUAGCAUUCUUACCAGCUUUUCUUCUAUUCCUAUCGAAAGCGGAAGGAAUCCCUUCUCAGGGCCAUGUGAUCAGGGCUGCAUCUGGAAAGUAUUUCUAUUUCAGUGUAUUUAAUGUCUUUCUUGGAGUUACAGUAGGUGGGACAUUGUUUGCUUCUUUGAAGAUCAUCGCCAAAGAACCAAAGAAAAUUGUGAAUUUAUUGGCAGACAGUUUGCCUCCAAAUGCAACCUUUUUUGUGACAUAUGUUGCUCUGCAAUUCUUUGUAGGGUUUGGUCUGGAGCUUUCUCGCCUGGUCCCUCUCAUAAUAUUCCAUCUCAAGAAGAAAUAUCUGUGUAAAACUGAAGCUGAAGUGAAGGAAGCUUGGGCUCCUGGAGACUUUGGUUAUGCUACUAGAGUUCCUGGCAACAUGCUUAUCAUGAUAGUGGUCUUUUGUUAUUCAGUAAUAUCUCCCAUAAUUAUUCCCUUUGGUGUUAUUUACUUUGGCCUUGGUUGGCUUAUUGCACGCAAUCAGGCAUUGAAUGUCUAUGUUCCUUCAUAUGAGAGCUACGGGCGCAUGUGGCCUCACAUGCAUGCACGAAUCCUAGCUUCUUUAAUCAUCUUCCAAGUGUUAAUGCUUGGCUAUUUGGGUUUGAAGAAAUUCUACUAUGCUCCCGGAAUGAUUCCUCUUAUCAUAUUAUCAUUCAUCUUUGCUUACACAUGCAACAAGCGCUUCUAUCCAUCUUUCUCUAAUACUCCUUUGGAGAUGGCAUGCAAGGAUACAAAGGAAAUCCUCAAUCUGGAUUCUGUCUAUGCUGCAUAUAUUCAUCCGUCUCUGAGGCCAGAGAAGCCGGACAUUGUCAAUCGAUUCGGCAACGUUGAGGCGAACGUUUUGGCACAAUCGGAUACCGUAUGAUGUGAAUAUGUAAUGCUAUAAAGUGUUACUUUUAUAGGUUUGUCUUGGUACAUUUUGUAAGUUAUAAUGUUAGGUUGAGUUUUAAGGUGUUGUGUUCCUUGACAAUUUCUAGAUGUGUUACAGAUUUUCAUUUUUAGCUCAUUAUGCAAGUGAUGGUGUGGAAUCAUCUGUAUGGUUGUGUAGUGGUUGGUGGUGUGCUUGGUUGCUAUGGCUAAAGAACUGGUUGGUGGUUGGUAUGAAGUUUGAAGACUUUUUGAGUCUUUGGUU